CUGCUCGGUGUGUGGAGGAGAGAAACGCGCGUUGUUGUCGCCACAUUUGGUACAGAGUGUCCCAGAUCACAGUGACCAAGGUUGCUGUCCUUUGCCGCAGCCAUGCCCUCUGACCUGGCCAAGAAGAAGGCUGCGAAAAAGAAGGAGGCAGCCAAGGCCCGCCAACGUGUCAAAAAGACAGAGGAGGUGAACGGCGAGGGAGAUCAAGAGAACCAGCAAAAUGGAACUGUCAAUGGAGAUGUGGCGUCACUCACAAAGGAGCUGGAUGAGUUUGAGCUGCGGAAGAUGGAGGCGCGAGCCGUGACUGGGGUGCUGGCGUCUCACCCCAACAGCACGGAUGUGCACAUCAGCAGCCUCUCGCUCACUUUCCACGGCCAGGAGCUCCUGAGCGACACCAGCCUGGAACUCAACUCGGGCCGCCGCUAUGGACUCAUUGGCCUCAACGGCACAGGCAAGUCCAUGCUGUUGUCAGCUAUUGGUCAUCGCGAGGUCCCCAUCCCUGAGCAUAUUGACAUCUACCACCUGACACGUGAGAUGGAGCCCAGUGAGAAGACAGCACUGCAGUGUGUUAUGGAAGUGGAUGAGGAGAGGCUCAAGCUGGAGAAGGAAGCUGAACGACUAGCACACGAAGACGCUGAGUGUGAGAAGCUGAUGGAGCUGUACGAGCGCCUGGAGGAGCUUGACGCAGACAAGGCGGCGGUGCGCGCCUCCCGCAUCUUGCACGGCCUGGGCUUCACCCCGGCCAUGCAGCGCAAGAAGCUCAAGGACUUCAGUGGAGGCUGGAGGAUGCGCGUGGCGCUGGCCCGAGCUCUGUUCAUCAAGCCUUUCAUGUUGCUGCUCGAUGAGCCCACUAACCACUUAGACUUGGAUGCCUGUGUGUGGCUUGAGGAAGAGCUCAAGUCGUUCAAGCGAAUCCUGGUCCUCAUAUCACACUCACAAGACUUCCUGAACGGUGUCUGCACUAACAUCAUCCACCUGCAUCAAAGGAAACUGAAGUAUUACACGGGCAACUACGACCAGUAUGUGAAGACCAGAGAGGAGCUGGAGGAGAAUCAGAUGAAGCGCUUCAACUGGGAGCAGGACCAGAUCUCACAUAUGAAGAACUACAUAGCACGGUUUGGUCACGGCUCUGCCAAGCUGGCCAGGCAGGCACAGAGCAAGGAGAAGACCCUGCAGAAGAUGGUCGCCUCUGGCCUGACUGAGCGAGUUGUCAAUGACAAGACGCUGUCAUUCUACUUUCCUCCCUGUGGGAAGAUCCCGCCUCCGGUCAUCAUGGUCCAGAAUGUCAGCUUCAGAUACUCAGAGGACACACCAUGUAUAUACAAAACCCUGGAGUUUGGUAUUGAUCUGGACACCAGAGUGGCUCUGGUGGGUCCAAAUGGCGCUGGCAAAUCCACUCUGCUCAAACUACUGAUGGGAGAGUUGCUCCCCACAGAUGGUAUGAUCAGGAAACACUCACACGUCAAGAUUGGCAGAUAUCACCAGCACCUGACAGAGCAGCUGGAGCUCGACCUGUCUCCUCUGGAGUACAUGAUGAAGUGCUACCCCGAGAUCAAAGAGAAGGAAGAGAUGAGGAAGAUCAUCGGUCGCUACGGCCUGACGGGAAAACAGCAGGUGAGUCCCAUCAGGAACUUGUCGGACGGGCAAAAGUGCCGUGUGUGCUUCGCCUGGCUGGCUUGGCAGAACCCCCAUAUGCUGUUUCUAGACGAGCCUACUAAUCAUCUGGACAUUGAGACCAUCGAUGCACUGGCAGAAGCCAUCAACGAAUUUGAGGGCGGCAUGAUGCUAGUCAGCCAUGACUUCCGACUCAUUCAGCAGGUGGCUAAUGAGAUCUGGGUGUGUGAGAAGCAGACUAUCACCAAAUGGAACAGAGACAUCUUGGCAUACAAGGAGCACCUAAAAUCCAAAAUUGACAAACAGACACAUGACGUCUGAAGCUUUGGGGUCCAGAACAAUAACGGUAGUGGAUUACAGACAGCAGAUGCAGGAUGCUCAGUGUCCCCCCUUUCCCCCUCUUUGGUGGACUCGCACAUUUCAACCCCCACACGCAUCUUUUUCCCCCACAAAAGCACAUAAGGCAUGAGUGAGGGAGCCAGUGCUAGUGGACGUACCUGACAAGUUUCAAAAUGCAUUGUGGACUGCAUUCCAUGGUCAUUACCAGGUGUUCUCGGCAAAUAAUUCACUAUCAGUCAUAGAAUGUGCACAGCAUCUCAUGCAUUAUGUCAAAGCAACACUUCAACACUACAGCAUUUUUACUUUUUUUGCGCCGUUCGGGGCAUGAGAUGUCUUGAAUGUCUUAUUUAAUAUUUUUAUGCCAAUAGUAACGUCACAAUAAAUAUGUGCAUUUCUAGUAGUUUUGGUGAAAACACCCAGUGUUCCAAAUGUUCUUUAAAAAUGAAUCAAGAAAUUUAGUUAGCCAGGAUAUUAGUCAAAUUUGUAAAAGACCAGUAAUGGGUGACAGAACCAAAAGGUGGGGUGAAGGGGUUGUGCAACUCAUUUUCUUUCUAGAGAUUCUAUAUUAGAAAUUGAGAGAUACUCUUGCUUUUACAUCUAAAGUAGAGCGCACAAUUUUGAGUCUGACAAUGACAUAUGACAUUAUGUGAAAUUAAAAUGCCUGAAAAUGAAA